GCGGAGAGCGCCGGCGCGGCCCACGCCUGGGGAUGCUGGGACCCCAGGAUGCCCAGGCGCGGGGCGGCCCCGACGCCCCCGCCCCGGCUGAACCUCCCGCGCCGUGGGAACCGCCUGCCGCCCGCCGCCGCCGCCGGCCAGCCAGCCAGCAUCCUCGGAGCGGCCCGAUGCCCUCCCUCCUGGCCCUCCGCCUGGCCGGGCUCCUGGUGGAGGCCCCCCCGAGGCACCGCUGCCAAUGCUGACCUCCCAGCCCUCCCUCCGGCCACCGAUGUCAUGAGGAACACCACGGUGCCCAGUGCCCCCCGGGCCGACAGCGACUCCAUGGUGGGCUAUGUGUUGGGGCCUUUCUUCCUCAUCACCCUGGUCGGGGUGGUGGUGGCUGUGGUAAUGUAUGUCCAGAAGAGAAAGCGGGUGGACAGGCUGCGCCAUCACCUGCUCCCCAUGUACAGCUAUGACCCGACCGAGGAGCUGCACGAGGCCGAGCAGGAACUCCUCUCAGAUGUGGGAGACCCCAAGGUGGUGCAUGGCUGGCAGAGUGGCUACCAGCACAAGCGGAUGCCCUUGCUGGACGUCAGGACGUGAUUUAGGCCCCUGGCCCCACUGCCAGAGGGUCCUGCAGCUGCUUUCUCUCCCACUGUGCCACCUUGCUCCCCUCUCCUGGGGACCGAGCCCCCCAACCCCUGCACUGAUGGCUUCCCUUCCGGGUGAGGGACAGGUCAGCUCUGCUUCCUCUAGCCAGCCUGGACCUUUUGUCCAUCUCCAGGGCUUUCAGCU